AUGGCUACAUAUAUCUUUGCAACGCUAAUCCGAUAUACAUUUAUGUUGAUGCAUAGAAACGUUCUAGGGAAUAAACGCCUGAACACCCUUCAGCACCAACAUCUGAGCAACCCUCUACCUCAACGCGAGAAAAAAGAAAUUGCAGACCUGCCACAGACGAAAACUUUCUAUUGCCAUAAAAAAUGUGAUGAAAACCAAUUGUUCCCUACAGAUUACCUCACCCGUUUGCAUGCCUCUACCAUUUUUAAGGCGGAUGGCCCUUUCUUAUUGAACGAUGAUGGUGAUAAUGAUAGCAAUAGUUUGUCAGAGAACGUACAUAAAAAUAUUCAGGCCUUCAAACGAGCUAUGCAAAGACGCACACUGUGUAUACGACCACAGACAUACACAACCAUGAAGCAAAUGGCUCUCGAUAAUAUUAUUACCUCCAAUUAUUUACUGCAUGUUGCAUUAUCUGCUUCUACACUAUUGUGUCCGUUAUUCUCUGCUCACGACCAAGCUCAAAUUGAGUUUGACAACACUUCUUGGAUCUUCAAACAACAAGAUGAUAUUGACAACGAGAGCUUGCGUCAUGACAACAUUCUCUAUUAUCAGCACCAAGAAGAGGUUGUGGAAAUAGGUUAUGGAGAAGUAAAGAAGCUCAGUGCUUCCCAAGCCCUAUUUAACAAAGACAAGAUACGUGCGUUGGAAAUUAUGAGACGUCAAUUGCAUCUAUGUCUCUGUCGUGCCAAAAAAGCGUAUGAAUCAGUGACCUUUAAUGUUCUCGUGCAAAAGGUCAUUAAUAAAUUCAAGUGGAAGAUCACGAUUGUCGAAGCAUCUGGGACCUCUACAAGCAACAUAUUCACCCCAUAG